GGCAAGCUAAUGUAUGUAAAAACUUCAUCAUUUUGAAUGUCUGGGUAUUCGUCUGCAUUUAGAGUAUUUAAUGACUUGACAAGCAUGUCUCAAAAUGUUCUGUCUUAUUACAUAUUGAAAUCAGCGAGGUUUUUUUUUGUUGUAUUGUGGUUGUUUGAAGCAGGUUUUGCACAAGCUGAUUCUACAGUCCCUUUUUCUAUGAUACUUGUUUACAUUGACUUCAGAAUUAUUCACCAUGUCAUCCUGUAAUGAUUGUCUUUUGUAAUGCAUACAUCUAUCAAUAAAGCUUAGAGAGUCUC